AUGGACGAGAAGGAAAGUUUUGAGCAGUGGUAUUUGAGGUUAGAAGCAAAAAUACGAAAAGUAGAGGAAGAGAAAAGACAACUGGAGGAAAGGAGGUAUUUCGCGGAAGAAGGGCAGCCUGAGCAGGAAAGGCAAUUGGAAGAGGAAAUUAGGAAACGCGAGGAGGAACUCGCGCAACAUGGGGGACUUAGGAAACUUAAGGAAGAGGUCAGGUAUCUUCAAGAACAGUACAGGCAGCAUGAGGAGAAGAUGAGGCAGCAUGAAGAGGAGAUGAGGCAGCAUGAAGAGGAAAUGAGGCAGCAUGAAGAGGAAAUGAGGCAGCAUGAAGAGGAAAUGAGGCAGCGGGGGGAGAAGCCCGAAUGGCUUGUUCAAAAGACAACAUUCUUGGAAUAUAUCCAGCACUUGCACGAAGCUCUUCCAGAUCCGCUGAACCUUGCACCCUGUGCAGACACACACAGAGAUAUACUCAAACCGAAGGCAAGAGUCUUUCCAGAGCGGCUUGAGCACUGGUCCGAAUGUGACAAUCAGCAGGAGCAGAUUUACCGGCUUAUCUGUGAAUUCUUUGAGCCAACUGAUGGCCCGCCAAAGCGAAUUUUCACACCCAUUCAUGUCAUUCGAGAGAAUGGAGAAAGAAUGAGAAAAAGAUCAAUAAGCUUCAAGGAGGAUCUUGAGAUCUAUUUACAAGAUUCUGUGCAAAUGCAGAUCGGGCAUAUCAUUGAGGAGAUCUGCGCCAUUCCUGCUGCCCGUGCGGCCUUUCAUCUUGGGGGCGACCGUAUGAGAUACGUCGCUUCCCAUGGGGAGCUGCGUUCGCGUGCACCAACGUGGAUCGAGGACAGUGAGCGAUGGCCUCCUGGACCCGAGUCAUUUUGUAUUCAUGAUAUGGAAGAUGGCAGAAGAGGAAUUGAUGCACGCUUAAGGGGCGAGUUUAUACUCCCCAACAAGCUGACCAUGGAAACACUCCGUGCAGGAUUGUGGUCGAUGGAUUCCUAUGCUGAAGUCUUACACAACGAAGUGGUCCCACCGACAGAAGCGGAAAGGAUCACACGCAAUGCAGCGCGCCUGGCAGGCUCAGCUCUGGUCCAGCUUUACAACGAAAUGAUAAGCUAUGGGUUUGAAUACGGGUAUAUAAUCACAGGAGAAGCAUUGGUCCUGCUCAAAGUCCCCUACGACAAUCCCUCAACCCUUCUCUAUCGCGUCUGCGAGCCGAGUAUCGAAACAACGCCAGGGAACCCUGAUGGGUUCUUGCGGCCUGUGACAGCCAUCGCGCGAAUACUAUGUCUAUGCUUGAUGAGCUGCGCCUCGCAGACCCGGAGUCCUGAUUGGUGUAUCAAAACAAAAGCAAGAUUAUCUACUUGGUUGACCGGGUUUGAUUAUGAAUACUUCAUUCAGACUCAGAAGUUCAUGCCAUCGGAUGACUAUUCAGGCACGACGACUCUUUCACCGCACUCCAUUUGCUGUCAGGGAACCGCAAGAGAAUUACCGAUUCGACCCCGUUCCCAGACGAGCUCCGUCGAAGGUACACAGCAACCUUCCCGAGAGGAAGUACAGAUUGGUGAAACGUAUUACGCAUCAGGGCACAAAUGUCGCCUUAUCCAGUCCGGAUCUUCGGCGUCGCCUGCGCCGGAGCAACAAUCGAAACGGUCGAAACGCCCAGAGACUUCAUGCAGCACCAACCCCCAGCAAGAUAGACCGUUCUGCACUCAAAUAUGUCUGCUUGGCUUGAAGGAGAGCAGAAAGCUGGACGAAAAUUGCCCGAACGUGGAACUCACCAGCAGAGCGGAAGUGUCCACCACGCCAUCACAGCACAAGGCCUGA